AUGGAGCGAUCUAAAGCCACGCUCCGUGGCUUCAGGCCGUGGCAGGCCGAAUUGGCGUUGGACGCCGUGAAUUCGAGUCGAGAGUGCACGACUGCAGGGAGUGGACAAUGGCAGGUGCACACGGUGAAACGAGGUUGGGCGACCUUGACGCCCGCGCUACAGGCGCAAUGGAGCGAAUCUCAAGCGAUCUCAAGCGUCAUUAUUCCCAAGAUCUGA